AUGGGACCGUUAUGUGCAGUCUGUGAAUCUCCGACAGCAUUCACGUUACAUUUUGGAGGGAGGUGUUGUAAGGCCUGUGCUGCAUUCUUCCGACGGACAAUCGCACUCGAUCUGAAGUAUGAAUGUGCUGCAGAUGUGCCGUGUGAAAUUCAUUUUAGCAUGCGUCUCGUCUGCAGAGAAUGUCGACUUCGGAAGUGUUACUCGGCCGGAAUGAGAGCUGAAUUAGUCCGCUCAAGACGAGAAAACUUCGCGUGUACCCGACGAAAAGACUCUCGAAACAACUCGGACGCUGCUCCAAACAGUAAUUCUCCCUCAAUGAGACAAUCGUCAAGUCCCGAAGAAGACGAUUGGUCAUUCCAAAUGUUUGAGGAGAAACCAGUGAAAUUCGAUGAACCAUCAACAUCUACAGUAUCCCAUCCACCAUUGCCAACGACUUCUCAAAUGAUGACAGAAGAAUCCUCUCGAACAUCAUCUUUCGACGGUGGCUACUGCUCAUCUCUGCCCUCUUCGUCCAACGUAAUCCAUCCCUCCCCACCUGGAAUUGGCCUCACAACUGACCAUAAUUCAAUCCUUCAAUACUAUCAUUCAAUGGAGACUGGUCUAUGCUCAAGAAGGCGGAUUAUGUAUACGAAUACUGAUAUGGAUUAUAUACUCGAUAGCCACUCAACUCUUCAAUGUCCUUACACAGUAAGUGAUCUACGACCUCACGAUUUCCGGAACUUUCGAGGAAUGCUCCGACAUGAUUUUGUGAUUUUGUUUGAUUAUGCGACGAGGUUCCCAGAUUUCUACAGUUUCACAAGUCAUGAAAAAAACAUGUUCUAUCGAUUGAUUCUAGCAGUGGACUUCAUACUAUCGUCUGCUUAUUAUUCAGCGAAACUCGGUCAAGCCCACCGUCAGAUGAUAAUGACGAAUGGAGAGUUCCUUUGUAUGGAUCCCCUCCCAAUGACUGGAAACGAACCGGAUGCACGAGGGUAUUUCCAGUCGGAUGAGGACUUCUCGAAGUAUAAAGCCUUGAUGCCAAUGCAUAUCGCGAUUUGGGAGGAGAGUGUACUUCCAUUUGCACGGAUGAAUGUGUCAUUCGAAGAGUUUUGUCUGCUGAAAGCGCUUACAGUCUGGCACGUUACAUAUUACAAGUUCACUGAAACAGGCCGUGAGAAGUGCCGUCAUCAACGGAACAUUAUCAUCGACUGCCUCUCUAAAAUGUGUCAUUCUCACGGUGCAAACGGAGAGAAUCGUGUUGGAGAACUACUGAUGAGUAUGAAUUAUAUUAUGGAAUCAACCCAAAAACUGACAACUUCAUAUGUGAUGCUCACGUUUUUUGAUGUGCUCAAUUGUGAUGCGAUGCUUCAUGAGAUGCUCAAUUUUAAAUAUUAA